AGCGUCAGGAUUAGUAAUGCGAUUAAGAAGACUAAAGAAGGCAUUUCGAAGUUGAAGAGGAGAUUGAAGAAAAAGAAGAGAGGAAAGACUCAGAAUGAAGAUCAUCUUAAGAUACCGGGGGAGUUCGAUCAGCUGUUUGAAGGUAUGGAUAUGAAUGAUGGUGAUGAGUCUGCUGCUGUUCCUGUGUGGCAUACCCAGUGAGUACCUCCUAAGAAGUGCUUGUCUAAAUAAGCACACACCUGCGAACAUGUAUGAAAUAGAUUACGUCUAUGGUGGCAAGAUGAAUGAUAAAUAACAUGGAAAUUAAUUACAAAGGUAACAUAGUCUACACCGCAGGGUGUCUUGGAAUUGUAUUAAAUCCAGAAAAGAACAAGCAAAAAAUCUUUGGAGGAGAAAUGAUUGACCCCUCUCAUGCGAUGAUUGGAAAAGAUGUCAGUUGUCAUACUGAUGAAAUUCAUUGUGUAACUCUAUGUCCUCAAAGACGUCUAGCCGCCACUGGACAGUUCGGGUUAAAACCAUGGGUAAUGAUGUGGGAUACAGUUAAAUGCAAACUUCUAAAGAAGAUUCGACUCAAGCAAGGUUGUAAGGGAAUAGUUUCAAUGUGAUUUUCACCAAGUAAGCCAUACAAGCUAGCUAUCCUUGAUGGUAGUUCUCAAUACACUGUAUGGAUUUAUGACAUUGAUCCAAAACAUGAAGAGCCUAUUUCUCAAAUUGACACCGGAUCUAAAGAAAAAUAUGACAUUGAGUGGGGGCUGAAAGAGUUUGAGCUUGAUGAAGACCAAAAAUUAGCUGAAACUUCUCUCAAGUGCUGGAGAAGGAACGCUGGAAAAGAAAAGACAGUUGAAGAGGAAGAGAAAGAGCAAAAAGAUAGAAUUAUGAAUGUUAUUGCUGUCACCGGGAACGAUAGUGCAAAAUUUAUUACUUUCAGGAUUACAGACAUCGAUGAUCCUGAGAUUAAUUACGGAGUAACCUUACGUAAGCACAUCUAUGAUUAUACCUGUUGUGGCAUAAAUGAGCUUGGGGUAGCAUACACUGGAACGAUAGAUGGAGUCGUUCUAAAAUGGGAUGUCCGCACAGGAGGCCCUAACUACUCAGGAUUGUAUGAAAUUAUGAUAGAAAGCAGAACUCAUACUAGAGAAAUUACAACAUUGAAAUGUGUAGAAGAAUAUAUCAUCACAGCUAGUCUUGAUGGUAGAAUUAUUAUACUUGAUAGUGAUUUAAGUAAAAAGAAGGAGAUAAAAACAUCUAGAGUUCUUAUGGCUCUUGAUUACCAUUUUGACAAGCUUGUUUAUACAACAAAAGAUGGAGAGAUAGCUUACUAUAAUCUUGCGGUCAAAGAUUUUGAGAAAAAUGAUAUCAAAGCUGUCCUAGGAAUGGUUCCCAAAAAGAAGCCAUUUGGGCCAAUAUAACUGUCAUGAAUUCACAUUUUUCAAAUGAAGAGUGAGGUCUUGUCUUGAACAACAACUUGGCUUAUACAAGUGGAGAUGAUAAUCUUUUGAUUGAGAUAGACUACAUCGAGCACCAAAUCCUUGGUGUUUAUCAGACAAGACCUGACAAGAAGAGAAGAAGGCCGAUAGUAGCCAAGAAUGCUCUUCUCAAUGCUGCUUUAAAUAGUAUAAUUCCAGAAAAGGUAGAAGCAGAUCAUUUUGAAUGAGACUUAGCAUUCAAUGAUGCUCUAGGACAUCUGGCUGUGACUCAUAAAGGUGGAAAAAUUGUUGUCAAACCAGUGGAAGAUUUGAAUGAGGUUGCUUUCAUUAAAGAUGAUCCAAAGGAUUCUUGAGAAUGUCUAGAAUAUUCUCCAGACCUGAAAUACUUGGCAGUUGCAUGCUAUGAUUGCAAUAUUUACAUUUAUAAAUGUGAAGACAAGGAAUACAAGCUGCAUAAGACUCUUGAAAAGAACCCUGGAGGAGUCUUUGCUCUUGACUGGGAAUUAGGUGGUGAUUACAUUAGAGCUAACUGCACUAAUGACGAGAUUGUUUAUUGGUUAGUUGACUCUGCUAAACAGAUUUAUGAUUACAAAUAAAAUCAGAGAUCUCAAUUGGGACUCCCAUAAUUGUAAACUUACAUGGGAAACCAAAGCUGUGUUCCCAUAUGGUCACAAAGAGGAUUAUAUCAAUUGUUGCUGAACUGAUCGUGAUAAAGAAGUAAUUGCAACUGGAGAUGAUGAUGCUUUCAUUAGAAUUCAUUCAAUGUGUUGUCUGAAGGCUCAUGCUGCAGAGAUGUCUGUGGAGUGAUCAAAGUAUAUUGAGAGCCAAGAUCCACCGUGUAGAAAAAACAAAGAGUUUAUACACAAGUACAGAGCCCAUGCAGGAUAUAUUGGAAGGGUCUGAUUUGACCAUGACGGUACAUAUUUAUUUUCAUUAGGAGGAAAUGAUAAGACUUUAAUACAAUGGAAAUCAGUCAGAAGCUAAUCAAAAUAGCCCCCAAAUACCAUCAGUUAAAACAAUAUCUCAAC